CUCGCUCAACUCACUUCCUUGUCCUUGUCAACUUAGCGGUUCUGUGGGGGAUUUCUCUCCCUCCCUCUCUCUCUCUUUCCUUGCUUCCUAAUUGAUGAUCUAUUUUUGUCGAGUCAUUUUCCUUGCAGAUACUAUUUAGGGUCGCUAAGGCCCGUUGCUUCUUUUCGUUACCGGUUGCAUUCCCGCGUAAAGAACGACUUGAGUCCGUAUGGCUCUGCCUUAGCAAGUGUGGUUCUAUUCUCUUUUGUGAUACCCGGAUCCAAGUUUCGCACCUCUCAGCUUGUCUUCCCUUCUUGAUCGCACCAAGUGCGGACUACGAUUUCUGCUCCGGCCUUGACUUCUCAAGGGAACCACAGAGAGAGAGCCCGUCAUGGCGACGCCAUCGUCCAAGCCGAACCCAGGAGCAACACCGACCUACCUGACUUCCUCGCCUCGUCCAGCUGGCGCGCACCCAGCCCGCCCCAUCGCGCACAAGUCACCCGCGGGGAGAACCCCCUCCGUCUCCGGACCGGGCGGUCACAUCCAGCCCCCCAACAGCAGCAACCCCGCCAACGCCUCGGCGCACCACUAUGCCACCCCGCUCGCGGCGACAACCGGGGCCGACGACCCCGUCACGCUGAGCUCGCCGUCGGCUCUGCUCGCGCUCGGCGGCUACAGCGGGAUCAGCCCGUCGCCGGCCGGCCACGACGGCGGCCUGGUGGGCGCGGGGAUGAACGACAGCGACAUCCAGGCGCUGGGCAUGCAGGGCCUGAAACUGGGCGGCGGGGGCGGCGUGCGGGACAACGAAGAGGAGCGGAAGAGACACAUUGAGGAUGUGGUGCAGCUGCUGCGGACGCGCAUCGCGGGCCGCGGGGUCUGCCGCGAGGGCAUUGAGCGCCUGGGCCAGCUCGAAGGGUUCGAGUCGAUUUGGCAGGAGGACAGCCUCAGCAUCGCCGGCAACUUUGUGGAUCUCGAAAUCGAGUUUCACCGCGGCCACAAUGUCGUCAAGGAGGUGAGUUUGAGCUACGUGACGCCCGAGUCGACCGACGGGGAACAGCGCGAGGAGGCGACGGCCGUGCUGAAGCGCGACCUGAUCCAGUCCCCCGCGGACGGCGAGCGGGGCGCGUGGAAGCCGCUGACCGGGUUCCAUGAGAACCUGCAGUGGCUGGCGCGCCAUGAUAGACUCAGUCAGGAGGUCAACUGCUUUGAGGCGAUCGAGGGCUUGUAUGAGAGCUUGAAGCGCGUGUGGGAGGCGGAGUCGGAUCAGCGCAAGUUCUUGGGCGUCUACGAUCAUCUCUGCAGUGGCUGGGUCGGUCGGCCGUCUCUGCACAAGGGGGGUCGCGUGGGGCUCGGCCUCGAUUACUGGGUGCAGCAGGCGCGGGUCCUGGAUGCGAAGCAAGCGAAGCAGAAAUCCGUCUCCUCCGACGAGAUGGUCGUCGAUCAGCCGGCGGAGGAAGACGAGGCCGCGCGAAAGGGCAAGUGGAGCGUUGUGGUCGAGUGCGAGGAGGGAUAUCCAUCUCUUCGCGUGUCGAAAGACUGGGUUGCCGCGGAGGUUCUGACAACAGUCCACAAUGGCGAGAAUGGUCCCUCCUCGAGUGAGUCGGCCGGGUCUUCCGAGGGAGUUGUGGUCAACUGGGCAGAGCCCCCCGAAACCGUGAUUGCGGCCGCGCAAGGCCACUCGGACGCCAUGGCGCUGGACUCGAACAUGCUGGGCUCUUCUGCGCCCAACCGCCGGUUUGUGGCCAGGAUGGAACCGCCGCUGGAUCUCCCCAUCUUGGCGGCGUCAGAUAUCUAUCGCCAUCUCGGCAUGCAGUUGCCUCCGGAAUUCAAGAUGGUCACAUACGAUGGACUGUUGGCCCCUGGCUGGUCGCCAUUAUCGGCGGCUGGUGCAAUGGGACUGGGACCGGAAGAAGCAUCGCAGCUUGGUCGCAGAAGCCGUAGGCUGUCGUUGCAGACCAUUGACAAAGAUGGCAAGCCAUGCAAGAAACAGCAUUGCUACACGUUCCAGCCAUUCGAAUCAGUCGCAGGUCGGACCCUGAGAGACAUUCCGUUCUCGCACCCAAGACAGCUUGCAGACAUACUUCCGAUCCUACGACAGUACGCGUUCCUGGCGAAUUUGAUUCGUGGCAUCUUCACUACUACGACCAAGCCCGACAACGACAAACUUCAUGCACAGGAAGAUCUUUACAAAGGGUUCUUCAAUCUCUCGAAUGCCAACAGAUCGCAGACGAUAACCAAGGGUGACAUCAUUAUUCUCAGCAAUGACGAUCCCAACGAGAAGAGGUUGAACUCAUUGCUUGGAGGGUUUGGACAAGCAGGAACUUUUGGACAAGCAGGUGCUCAUACCAUAGGCAAGGGGAAAGGUGCUAUGGACGGAAGCUCUGACGAUGAUUCGACCACCGAGGAUGACGUCAAAGUAGACGUGACCUUGCGCACGCAGCUUGGUCAAGCCCCGGUCAUCAUGCUCCUGUUCACUGUGGACAACCUUCAAGGGAAAUCGACACUGGAUCAAGAAUAUUCUGCGCUGAGCAAAGUCUCUGUCAGCCUUGAAGUCGGGCUCAACGGUCGCGUGUCCGUCAUCGACAUGACUGGUUUGUUUGAUGAUGAGAACACCAGUAUGGAUCCGAUGGACACUCAAGCGAGCGGAGGCUAUGACAAUGAAGUAUCCGAGUUGCAGAAGACCAUCGCGAGGGUAUUAGAAGUCUCGCAGGACUUGGGGAUUCUGGUAGAGUGGGCUGAAUCAACCACCAUCUCCAACACGGAGAAUCUCAUGAAGUACAUGUCCCUCGACCAGCGGGGUAACGUCCAGGCUGAGUACAUCUGGAUCGAUGCCACCGGUGGCACUCGUUCCAAGACCAGGACUCUGUCCAAGUCCCCCAAGUCCGUUGAUGAACUGCCUGAAUGGAACUUCGACGGCUCCUCCACCGGCCAGGCCCCCGGUGACAACUCCGAUGUCUACCUCCGCCCCGUCGCUAUCUACCCGGACCCCUUCCGUCUCGGUGACAACAUCCUCGUCCUCUGCGAGACCUGGGACUCCGAUGGAACCCCCAACAAGUUCAAUCACCGCCACGAGGCUGCCCGUCUGAUGGAGGCCAACGCCAAGGAGGAGUUCUGGUUCGGUCUGGAACAGGAGUACACCCUCCUCGGUACCGAUGGCUGGCCCUAUGGCUGGCCCAAGGGUGGUUUCCCCGGUGCCCAGGGCCCCUACUACUGUGGUGUCGGUACCGGCAAGGUCUACUGCCGUGACAUCGUCGAGGCUCACUACCGUGCAUGCUUGUACGCUGGUAUCAAGAUCUCCGGUAUCAACGCCGAGGUCAUGCCUUCUCAAUGGGAGUACCAGGUCGGCCCUUGCCAGGGUAUUGACAUGGGUGACGAGCUCUGGAUGUCCCGCUUCCUCCUCCACCGUGUCGCUGAAGAGUUCGGCGUCAGAAUCUCCUUCGAGCCCAAGCCCAUCAAGGGUGAAUGGAACGGAGCCGGUCUCCACACCAACGUCUCGACCGCCUCCACUCGUGCUGACGGUGGCAUGAAGGCUAUUGAGUCCUACAUGAAGAAGCUCGAGGCCCGCCACGUUGAGCACAUUGCCGUUUACGGUGAGGGUAACGAGGAGCGCCUGACUGGUCGUCACGAGACCGGCAGCAUCGACAAGUUCAGCUACGGUGUUGCCGACCGUGGUGGCUCCAUCCGUAUCCCCCGCCAGGUCGCCAAGGACGGCAAGGGUUACUUCGAGGACCGCCGUCCCGCCAGUAACGCCUGCCCCUACCAAAUUACUGGUAUCAUCGUGGAGACCCUUUGCGGUGGCAACUAAGUGCGUCUAGCACAUUUACUCCAAAUGUGAAAAACAUUUCAUCUUAGCGCUCGUAUACCCUCCGGCGUCGACAUGGAGUCAGAUUGCGAUGCAGCCUGGUCAUGGGAGAGCAAACUAUAGAAUUUCUCUUCUUCUUCUCUCUUCAUGAUGGUACUUCGGAGUUUCUCUCGAACUCUCUCUCGUGUGCCAGCGCCUGUUGAUGCAUUCGUUGUCCUGUUGCUGGUCUUGCAUGUUUCUUUCUUACCUUGGGUUAUGUGUUACGUAUGGCAUAGAGGACUGAUACUCGGAGGAGAACCGACGACGGUCUUUUUGAAAUUGAAACUGGGGAUGAAACUGGAAGGAUCAAAUAGCUUUAG